GGAUUGCGGUCUGACUCUCAGCUUCAAGAAUGUCAAAAUGCUCACUGGAAAAGAUCCUUUCCAGAUCUUGAUUACGCCCUCUUUGGAUACGACAUUUUAAAGGGAUAUCCACUGGCAACAGGACAUGAUCCUGGCUUUACACACCCAAUAUUCCUGACAGACUACACUCCUGAAAAGCAGACUUCUGACUGUCGCUACAGUGUUCCAGCAGGUCUGGUUGUUGUGCCUGAUGUGUCGUGUGAAACUACUUUCUCCUCCAAGAUUAUACGAAACAGACUGGAGAUGUCACAGUCCCUUGAGGCAGCCGCGAACGUUGAAGGUGCUCCUCUAAGAUAUUUCAAAUAAUUAUUCAUGAAUGAUUACUUGAAUGGUCUUUCAAUUGGCCAUGAUUUAACCCAUAUUUUAACAGUGACUCUUUAAACUUGUUUUUAAAUUCAUCCUUGUUUCAGAGGGUCGAGGGAAUAAAACUAACGAAAAAGCAUCGGUAUCCAUUGCUAAGAAUCGAGAUGAUUUCUUUUGUUUCAUUUGUUACAUGUCAAAUAUGAUUUCUGAAAUUAAUUUUAAUUUAACCUAGGCUGAUUCCACAUUUCCUUUGUCUUCUAGCUCGAAGAGACUAAGAAAACCGAUCGAGAAUCAACCUUGGUUAAAAAAAAUUAACCUGAAAACAAAUUUAACCUGUAAAACAUUCCUCUAAUCCUCACAGCCAACAAUAAAUUCCAGUAGAUCAAAAUUGGUCUAUUUAGGUCUGAAAUCUCAUCAUGUGAUUCCAAAUGGAAACCGCGUAAUUAGCCCAUUCAAUUUUGAAAUCAAACGUACGACCUCAGACCGAAUUACACUCCUUUUAGUUUCAUUUCUAUUGUAAAUGUGCAUCUCUGUUGUUCCUUUCCUCGGAGCCUUGUGAAAAGUUUUUCUUAAAAGUAGCGAUUUAAAGAUUGAACCUCUGCUAAGUUGAGCCUAGUCUCCUUGGCAGCCGUUAUUAGGGUCGUCACGCAACGCUCCUCCCCACUAGUGGGGAGGGGCGUUGCGUGACGACCCUAAUAACGGCUGCCAAGGAGACUAAGUUGAGCCCUUCUUUCACAUACUUUCAAUAUUGAGGUCUUAAAAAUAUAUACCUUCUGUUGCUGGUUAGCACCGCUCCUUAACUAAAAUAAACAAAUAAAGAACCCAUAUCCUAAAAACUUCACUAAGUUUAGGGCCUGUUUGGAUGGAGCUGGGGGACCCGAUGAAGGCGGGAUAACCCGCCUGUCCAUAUAAUCUCUCAUUUUAAUUUGCUCACGUUUACAAGUUAGGUGGGGAGACCCGCCGCAUGUUACCUCACCUAUGGGUCCCCCACCUCCAUGUAAACAGGCCCUCAGACAAUAUUUUUAAUAAAUAGAACCCAUGUUGCCAUGCAUCUUUUCAGUAAUAGAACACAGAUGACGACAAAAGAUGGUAAGAACAAAAUAGCUGCACACGGGUCGCAUGCCGGAAGUAUGUUAGUGAUGCCAUGACAUGUUGUUUUGAAUUCUUCUAUGAUCUGUUACUAACCGAGGCGAGGCAAAAUGAAAUGUAUUUGUUGUAUACAAUGAACAGAAGAGCAAAACGAAAAACUUACCACUUAAGGCUGGACUUUUUAAGGAUUUUCCAGUUUAAGAAUUUUGCAUGUCGCUAAAGAGCACCUUUCGUGUUAGUGUAUUCUUUCUGGUCUUUGUAAACAGCUCCUUCUUUUAGAAAAAACAAAAACAAGGAAAAAGAUUUGCCCUUGGUAUCACAGAUUAAGUCAUCCGUAAAUAUGUACUCCACUAAGUCAUGGGGAACGAUCAAUCACAGCACGCAUCGGUAGCACCAAGCACAUUAUAGCGGAGCUCCGGUGCGCAAACGGUGCGUGGCGGAGCCCCAUUGCUAAGAUAAAUUGGUAACCUAUGAAAGCAAGAAAAUUUGGUUAUGACGUAGCGUACGAAAGCCGACCGUCUGUACACCUAUUUCAUGUAAGCCGAUGCCAAAUGUCAGGUUAUUUUGGCGAAAAAGUGUAUGGCCACCCGCGUCUUGUGAACCAGAGACAUCUAAAGAGUCAAUAAAGACGAAAACGGAAGGCGGAAAAUGUUUUUGUAUCCGUGUUGUCUAAAGCAUUAAGUUUAGAUUAAUUGUCCUGUCCACAAAUUCGGAAAAUAGGCAAAGAGAAAGACGGAGAAAAAGAGAAAGUAAGGCGACAGGCCAGCGAAGCUCAACGAGAAAAAGAGCUAGAACGAGAUAGAAAAAACAAAGGAGACAUUUUUUGUUGGAGGAACAACAUGAAAAUUUGCAGCGGCGGUGAGAAAGUGAGAAAUGCUAGCGGCCACCAGGGUGAAAAUGAGCGACAAUGAAAAAAAAGUGAACAAGAACACGUACAACAUUUCCUUCAUAAAACGUGUAACCAGGAAGUUUCUGGAAGUUCUAGUUUUUAGUCCUGCAAAAACAACGGCAAAGAAAUGUACAAAAAAGUGUGCUGCACGUGCAAAGUUGAUUUUUUGCUAAUUAGACCUAUUGUUUUUUUCGCCGUUCUCGUCGCCUUCGCCGCUUAAGGUCGGUACACACUAGGCGAAAAGUUGCAGCAACACGUUGCGGCGACCGAUCACUCCAUGUGUACAGGUCGGGCGACUAGUUGCAGCAACAAGGUGAGGCGACACGUUGCAGCGACAAAUCGCUUCGUGUGUACUGGAGAAUUUUUGUGAAAAUCUUUGUCUCCGCAACAGAAUUUUGUCGCUGCAACAAGUCGCUAAAAAUAAAAUCAGACUGAAUCUGUGCGACUUGUUGCGGCGACAAAUUCUGUUGCAGCGACAAAGAUUUUCACAAAAAUUCUCCAGUACACACGAAGCGAUUUGUCGCUGCAAUAUGUCGCCGCGACAUGUUGCUGCAACUUGUCGCCUAGUGUGUACCGACCUUUAGCAUUAUAUGAUUUUAUAUUUAUUUGAGCAAACUAUAAAAUUAUCGAGAGCUUUGCUUUUAGCCCUGGCUAAAUCUAUAUAUUAUAUACGUGACCUUACCUUAAAAAUAGCUCCGUCCACCGAUGAGCGUGUCAGAAAUCACUCUGUAGUAAAAUAAUUAACUGUUAGAACUAACAAGCUGUUUGCUUUUACCAUAGGCGGUGGAUGGGGCUUUAAGUUUUCUGCAAGUGCAAGCUACAAAGAAUCCGUGGCACAAAUGUCGUCUGGAGAGUUCUUGUACAUAAUUUCCCAAGCGCAGUGCCGUUAUUACUUCAGCAAAAUGGACGUCACCGAUCCACCGCCAUUUCAUCCGGGUUUUGUGCGCUGGGCAAAGAGUCUGGCUAAGCCAAAUUCUAACAAAAAUGAUGUUAUUCAGUUCAUUAAAUACUACGGAACUCAUUUCGUGACGGAGGUAACAUUCGGAGCAAGAUUCACGAAAAACCACAAAGUCAGUCAAACAAAAUAUGAAGAGCUGAGAAGCAAGAAAGUAAGCGUUGAGGCGCAAGCCAGCUAUUCAGGGCUCUUUAGUGUUGGAGGGGGAUUUUCAAUGGAUAAAGAGCAAAGAUCUGCGGCUUCCAAUUUUCAGAAGUCAGUGCAAACAAGCACCAUCACUGUAGGUGCAGCCCCUCCUAGUAACGGUGAUGCCUUGACAUGGGCUUCCUCUGUCCAGGAGAAUCCGGUGCCAAUAAGAUACUCCCUGUCCGCCAUCCACAACCUGUUUACUGAGAGAUAUUCCAAGCAUCUUCCUGGAGUUAACAUAGGUGUUGUGAGAGAGAAGCUGGUUAAUGCAUCCACGAGUUACUGCAAGGCUUUGAAAGACCAGGGACUGGUAGAUUCGUGCGAUGACAGCAUUCAUCUGGGAACUCCUUUGCAAGGUGUUAGAGUUCGCCAAUUUGGUAAUUCUAUUAGAUUUUUUAAGAUAUUGUUUUACAGUGGCCCUUAUGGUUGAUUACGUCACACGAGCAAAUUUCACCACCAAGCUUCGUUUCUACGCAAAAUUCUUCGCAUUUUGAGUAAAUGAGCGUGGGUAUUCUUUUCAACUCCGCUUCCAUCGAAAUUUAUUUGUGCAAAACUCUGCAACUUUAAAAUUUCAAAACGAGGCAGGGUGGUGAAAUUUGCUCAUCUGACUUAAACAUGCAUAAGGGCUAUUAAAAAGGUCAAGAUUAUUCAGUGUGUUAGGAGAGACAAACGCUGGUAAUACUUUCUUGAACUUCUCCCAGGGGUUGCUCCGGAUUUAGAGUGAAAGGGGCGAAAACCAAAACCCAGAAAAAUCCCUCGGCUUCCCAACAAAACCCACAAAAAUCCCUGGACCAAACAUUGACCCCCAAAAACUCCCGUGCCGAAUUUUCGAGACUUGAAAUUUCCAGAAAGCAUUAAAUGCCAUGAUUAAAUGAUGUAGUGAGGCCGAAAAAUAAAAAAAAAUCUUAGAAGCUGAAUUUUUAUGCCUGCUCAUACCAUCUGAAGUUAUUAAGAACAUUCAGAUUUUUUCAACCCCCAAAAAUACUACUUAAAUCAAGGCACCCUAAAAAAUACUUACCAAAUUUUCUUUCUCCAAAAACUCCUUCGAUCAUCCCCGUUACUUGAAAUUCAGGGUAUCCCCCCUGGGGAACUUCUCCGUGCCAAUUAAGAUCUUUUUCUUUUUCAUAAUUCCAGGCUAUAGGCAUUUGUCAAACGUAGAUGAGACUGAUUGUAGAGCUAUCUGCCUUCUGGAGGAAAAUUGCGUUGCAGUUCAGUUCACUUUCCGGAGAGGGUGCAAGCUGCUCGACACGAAAGGAAAGUUUCAAGUUCUAACCGAUAACGCAAUAUUGUCGAAGACAGUCGUGUUUCUGCCGAGACUGCAAAGAGAAAAGAAGAACUUUAUUUUGUAUCAACUCAAAGUCAAAGCAAAUCAGCAACGCCGGGACGAAUUGAAGGCCUAUAAUAGUACACAGUGUGCUUCCUCUUGUUCAAAAGAUGCCUUUUGUCAAGCCUUUGUGAUGUGUAAACCUGAGCAAGGAAGUUGGUGUGAGAACGCCAAGGGCAACUGCCUGUUGUAUUCCAAACAGCAAAUAACAGCUGUUGAGAAAGAUAUGCAUUCGGAGAUGCAUUUUGUGUGGAAAGAUUACACUCAAGUUACAGAGACGAAAUCAGAUUGA